AUGGACACAGACAUAGGCAUGCACCAAAACCAACACAACAACCAACACAACAACCAACACAACAACCAACAGUUCAAAACCCUGCACAACAACAACCACAACCAACAGUUCAAAACCCUGCACAACAACAACCACAACCAACAGUUCAAAACCCUGCACAACAACAACCACAAACAGAGCAAGGACAUAAAAGAAGUAGAGAACAAGGAAACCAAGAAUUCUUAA